UCCCAUAAGAAUCGGAAAAAAGAAAAAGAGAAAAAUAAUUCGGCACUCGAAAACAUUUGAUAGGAGGGGUUUAAUCUAAGAGAAGGGGUUCUUGUUCGCUGAACUGAAAGUAAGUGCAGAGUGGUGGUGUCUGCAAUGGUUUCUCUGUCAACAUGGUUUCGCUACGUUGCUCACAAGUUCGAAUACUCCGUCUCUCUUGGCUUGAAGAACUAUGAAGGAGGUCAAUUCACGAAUAGAGAGUUACUACGUGACUUUGUUGGGAAGAAUUUCUUUCAAGGAAAGUUGACAUACUUGCACUGGAAUAAAGGAGAGGAGAUGGCCCCUACUAUUGCUGGAAAAGGAGAAACGCUUCUUGUUCGGAAAUUACCAACUGCAGAUCCAGCGCACGUUUUUGUAGGAGAUGUAGUGAUCUUGAAGGAUCCUGAGAAGACAGAUAACUAUCUAGUAAGAAGAUUAUCUGCCAUUGAAGGUUAUGAAAUGGUUUCUACUAAUGAGAAGGAUGAACCCUUUGUUCUUGAGAAGGAUCAAUGCUGGGUAGUGGCUGACAAUAAAAAUUUGAAAGCCAAGGAAGCGAAUGACAGUAGAUCAUUUGGUCCAGUUAACAUGACAGAUAUUGUAGGCAGAGUCAUAUAUUGCCUGCAAAAUGCUGUAGAGCAUGGCCGUGUGCUGAACAGUCAUUUCAGCAUGAGAAGGGAUUCCCCGGUGUUGGCAGUGGAACUUGAUGUUGAUGAGAUGUCCAAGAAUCACAAAGCCUAGCAUCUUGUUUGCUUUACAUUCCUGUCAACAGCAAACAGCUUUUUGCCAUGUUUCAAAAUCCGAAUCAAACAAGCUGUAAACUGUUGUUCAGACUAGCUCUAACUUGUUUGUUUGGUAGCUAUGCAUUACUUUCUUUUUCUUGCGAACUUUAUUUGAAGUAGAGCAAGAAUGAAGCAAUUUUUUAAUUUUUGCAUGAGUAUGGGAUGGUGGUGUUAUGAUGUCCUUAGCUACAUAUUAAAUUAUUUGCUCUUUCUUUCCAACUGGAAAAUUUGAAGCGGCCUGCAUUAAAA